UCUCUCUAUAAAGUUUUGAUUUUUAAAUGAUGUACGGACAGAGUAAUGGCUGUGAAUCGGAUUUUGUUCUUCUGGAGACCAUCCGCCGCCAUUUAUUGGGAGAUUCCGAGCCUUAUCGAUGUGGGAAUUUCGCCGUCGCCGGAGCCGCCGCGCCGGGGUUGUGCGGGAGCUCCAAUUUCACCAGCUUGUACCCUUGUUUGACUGAAAAUUGGGGGGAAUUGCCUCUUAAAGUGGAUGAUUCCGAGGACAUGUUUCUCGCCGGAGUUCUUCACGACGCCGUCCACCUUGGUUGGGAUCCUCUGCUCGGCUCAUCGCCGUCGGACGCUUUUAAUUUUGGGUUCUCUGAUGUCAAAACAGAGCCCCUGAUUCUUUCUCCGGCGGUGGUUCCGGCGAAUGUGGAGGUGGCGGCGGCGACGAUGCCGGCGGUGGUACCGGCGAAGGGGAAGCAUUAUCGAGGUGUACGGCAACGUCCGUGGGGGAAAUUCGCGGCGGAGAUUCGUGACCCGGCGAAAAACGGGGCUCGGGUUUGGCUUGGGACGUUUGAGACGGCGGAGUAUGCGGCGCUUGCUUAUGACCGCGCCGCUUAUCGGAUGCGGGGCUCUAAAGCUCUUCUUAAUUUUCCGCUUCGGGUUAAUUCGGGUGAACCCGACCCGGUUAGAGUGACGUCGAAGAGGUCGUCGUCUCGGUCUUCGCCGGAGCCUACUUCGUCGUUGUCGUCGGUAGAGAGUGGGACCCCUAAGCGGCGGAAGAAGGUGGUGGCAGCAACUCAAGCUGCAGUACAGUCGAUCCAAUUAGUGGUGGGGACCAAUGCAACACAAGUGGAAGCUGACGUGGCGAAGAGUACAAAUGGCGAGCAAUGAUUGGGGGAGUAGUGGUGAUAGUGAAAGAAGGGGCACUUUGGUGUUUUAUUGUGAAUUGAGGGACUUGGGAGAAAAGUAAAAACUUGGUAAUUUCUUUUUUUUUUUUUUUUUUUAGGGGUAGAAUUGGAAGAUUUUCUUUGGGAUUUAAAAA